GAUCAUUGCCUAUUUGCCUCCAUUAUUUUCUCCGAAGAAGCCUGCGCCUUUCAUGGCCUCCCGUCACCAUCUCCGGCCGCCCACCCUCCACCUCCACCUCCACCUCCUCCAUCUUAUUUCUCAACUUCCCCGCCCUUGCCCCUUCUGCUCCUCGAGCCGCCACUCUUCCUGCCCAAAAGAUCCGAGGUGCAGAACAGGAAGAGUUGGCCAAUGCCACUUCUUGGUUUGCCUUGCAUUCCAUGAGCAGAGGCGAUUCAUAAGGAACCAUGAAAUGCUUUUCUUGCCUCACCCUCAGACGCCAUCGGAGGACUCGGAAGCGGCCCGUGGAGCAGCAGCGCCCAUUCGAUUCCGGCGAGUUUGAGACCGCGGCGGCGUUUUCUCCCGAUGGGGCGAAGACCUUGGCGCAGGGGUUUACCCUGCGGGAACUCGCCGCCGCCACCCGAAACUUCAAGCUGGCUAAUUUGGUAGGAGAAGGUGGGUUCGGAAAGGUGUUCAAGGGGCGAUUGGAAUCUAGCCAGGUUGUGGCAAUUAAGCAGCUCAAAAGGGGAGGAUCUCAGGGUACUCAAGAGUUCCUUGUCGAGUGCUUGAUGCUGACAAUGGUCCACCAUCCCAAUCUCGUCAACCUGAUUGGAUACUGUGCUGAAGGAGAGGAGAGGCUCUUGGUUUAUGAGUAUAUGCCGCAUGGUAGCUUGGAGCGGCACUUAUUUGAUCUGUCUCCCAAUAAGGAACCACUUGAUUGGAAUACCAGAAUAAAGAUAGCUCUUGGUGCUGCAAAAGGGGUCACAUAUUUGCAUAAUGUUGUUAGCCCCCCUGUCAUUUACCGUGACCUAAAAUCGGCUAACAUACUCUUAGACAGUGAGUACAACCCUAAGCUUUCUGACUUUGGACUAGCAAAGCUUGGGCCUGUCGGUGACAAGACUCAUGUUUCAACAAGGGUGAUGGGGACGUUUGGCUAUUGUGCUCCAGAUUAUGCAAUGAGUGGCAAAUUAACUGUUAAAUCUGAUGUUUAUAGCUUCGGUGUGGUUCUAUUGGAACUGAUGACUGGAAGAAGGGCUUUCGAUGAUACUAAGAGCGUAGGGGAGCAGAAUUUGAUUACAUGGUCGCGUCCUUUCCUCAAGGACAAGAGGAGGUUCACCCAAUUGGCAGAUCCCAUUCUGCAAGGAAGCUACCCUCUGCGCCCCUUCUACCAGCUCGCUGUAACCACUUCAAUGUGCCUACAUGAUCAGCCCCACAUGCGCCCUUCGAUGCAUGAAGUAUCGAUAGCCUUGGACCAUGUGGCCUCUCAACCAUUCGUUCCGAGCAGUGACCACAAGAUCUAACAAUCCUGAACUUGAAAGCAUAGUUUAAGACCUCAUUCUGGCGGCAAAAGGAAGUGCAGCAAAUAACUUAGAGUUUCGAAAGACUCGUCUUUUGCUAAAAUUUCUAAUAACUUGUUUAACUUCUUGGUCUAGUUAUGAAUUCAAGGAUGAGAAGAUGAUGGAAUAAUAGAAUUGCUGGCUUCCCUCUGCACAGAUUUCGAUUGUAAUGCUAUUACUCAUCAUCAUCUGGUUGAAGCAUUCAGAUAUAUGUGCUAAUAAUUCAAAUACUUCAGAUUAACACCAUUUGUUGAUACUAAAUUCUGGAGAAAGCUUUUUUUGUACAGAAGUUAUGUAAUACGUCGUGAUUAACCAUGCAAAUUAAUUGCAUAAUCUGUGUAUCUCAAGGCACCUCAAGUUUGGAAUUUCAUGGACACUGUU